CAAAACUUGCCGAGCUCGUUACGCCUACUCCGUUCUGAACGCGCAUUACAUAAAUUUGCCUAAAAUUUCAAGUGUGAACAUUUCAAAAUCCAAAUUCCUUGUUAUCGCCUAGUUUUGAAAAGCUAAAGAAAAAAAAAAACGAAAUCCAGCAAGAUGGCUGCACGCGAUGCUGCUUCGAAUCAACUGAUCGACUAUAAAAAUUCACAAACGGAACAACCGGGUGCUAUUACCACCGGCGCCGGUGCGCCCAUUGGUAUCAAGGAUGCCACGCAAACGGUGGGUCCCCGCGGCCCCGUUCUGCUGCAGGAUGUGAACUUCCUGGACGAGAUGUCGCACUUCGAUCGCGAACGCAUCCCGGAGCGUGUGGUGCAUGCCAAGGGCGCCGGUGCUUUCGGCUACUUCGAGGUCACCCACGACAUCACCAAGUACUGUGCGGCAAAGAUCUUUGAAAAGGUUAAGAAGCGCACCCCAUUGGCCAUCCGAUUCUCGACGGUUGGUGGCGAGAGCGGUUCUGCGGAUACGGCCCGUGAUCCUCGCGGCUUUGCCAUCAAAUUCUACACAGAUGAUGGUGUCUGGGAUUUGGUUGGCAACAACACGCCCAUUUUCUUUAUACGCGAUCCGAUACUGUUCCCCAGCUUUAUCCAUACGCAGAAGCGUAAUCCGCAAACGCACUUGAAGGACCCGGACAUGUUUUGGGACUUCCUCUCACUGCGUCCCGAGUCCACGCAUCAGGUGUGCUUCUUGUUUGGCGAUCGCGGCACCCCCGACGGCUAUUGCCACAUGAAUGGCUAUGGCUCGCAUACCUUCAAGCUGGUCAAUGCUAAGAGUGAGCCGAUCUACGCCAAGUUCCACCUGAAGACGGAUCAGGGCAUUAAGAACUUGGAUGUGAAGACGGCCGAUCAGCUGGCCUCCAGUGAUCCCGACUACAGCAUUCGCGAUCUGUACAAUCGCAUCAAGAACUGCAAGUUCCCCAGCUGGACCAUGUACAUACAGGUGAUGACCUUCGAGGAGGCGAAGAAGUUCAAGUAUAAUCCCUUCGACGUGACCAAGGUCUGGUCGCAUAAGGAAUAUCCUCUCAUUCCGGUGGGUAAAAUGGUUCUGGACCGUAAUCCCAAGAACUACUUUGCCGAGGUCGAGCAAAUUGCCUUCAGUCCGGCCCAUAUGGUGCCCGGCAUUGAACCCUCACCCGAUAAGAUGCUGCAGGGACGUCUCUUCUCCUACUCCGACACGCAUCGCCACCGUUUGGGACCAAACUACUUGCAGAUUCCAGUCAACUGCCCAUAUCGCGUCAAGAUCAACAAUUUCCAGCGCGAUGGAGCCAUGAAUGUGACGGACAACCAGGAUGGUGCUCCCAACUAUUUCCCCAAUUCCUUCAAUGGACCCCAGGAGUGUCCACGGGUUCGUGCCCUCUCCACCUGCUGCCCGGUAACGGGCGAUGUCUAUCGCUAUAGCAGCGGCGAUACUGAGGAUAACUUUGGUCAGGUCACCGAUUUCUGGGUGCAUGUUUUGGACAACUGUGCCAAGAAGCGUCUGGUGAGCAAUAUUGCCGGUCAUCUGAACAAUGCCAGUCAAUUCAUACAGGAGCGCGCAGUCAAGAACUUUACGAUGGUGCAUGCCGAUUUUGGACGAAUGCUUACCGAGGCCCUCAAUUUGGCCAAGUCGUCUAAAUUCUGAACGACCGGCAACAAUAUUUGAUUCAAUAAUUUGGCAAAAUGCUUUAAGAAUUUUAACACACACUCACACAAACAUGCAAUUGCUCCUCCCACACACACGACUAACAAGAAUUAAAAGGCAUUUGCGCUUUUUUCGGUUGCGGGAACUUUUCUUAAUUGUAA